CCUCCCCCUCCCUCACUCCCUCACUCUCUCCUCCCGCUCCCAAAAGAAAAAGCCCACCUCAGGUCUCGGCCCCGGUGAAGAGGCGCAGCAGGUGCCGGGCCGCACGAUGUUCGCCAAGCGGAGGCCAGAGCUGCCCGCCCUGAGCAUCCCGCCCACGGUGGUGGAGGGGCCGUCACCCACCAGCGACGGUAACGCCGAAGCUAACCUGGAAGCCUUGCAGAAAAAGCUAGAGGAGCUGGAGCUUGAUGAACAGCAGAAAAAGAGACUUGAAGCCUUUCUAACCCAGAAGGCCAAAGUUGGUGAACUGAAAGAUGAUGACUUUGAUAAGAUCUGUGAGCUGGGUGCUGGGAAUGGUGGCGUGGUCACCAAAGUUCGUCACAAACCAUCCGGACUUAUUAUGGCAAGAAAGCUGAUUCACUUAGAAAUAAAGCCAGCUAUCCGCAAUCAGAUCAUCCGUGAGCUCCAAGUGUUACAUGAAUGUAACUCACCAUAUAUUGUGGGCUUCUACGGAGCAUUUUACAGUGAUGGAGAAAUCAGUAUAUGUAUGGAACACAUGGAUGGUGGUUCUCUGGAUCAGGUGCUCAAAGAGGCCAGGAGAAUUCCAGAGGAAAUCCUGGGUAAAGUCAGCAUUGCAGUUCUUCGAGGGUUGACGUAUUUAAGAGAGAAGCACCAAAUCAUGCACAGAGACGUGAAGCCAUCCAACAUCUUAGUGAAUUCCCGUGGUGAAAUUAAACUUUGUGAUUUUGGAGUUAGUGGUCAGCUGAUCGACUCAAUGGCAAACUCCUUUGUGGGGACUCGCUCCUACAUGUCUCCUGAGAGAUUGCAAGGCACCCAUUACUCUGUGCAAUCCGAUAUCUGGAGUAUGGGGCUAUCCCUGGUGGAGUUGGCCAUCGGCAGGUAUCCCAUCCCCCCUCCUGAUACGAAGGAGCUCGAGGCCAUCUUUGGGCGGCCUGUGAUGGAUGGACCAGCAGGAGAACCUCACAGUACGUCACCCAGAGCAUGGGCUCCGGGUCGUCCUAUCAGUGGACACGAGAGUCGGCCAGCCAUGGCUAUUUUUGAACUUCUGGAUUAUAUUGUUAAUGAGUCUCCUCCAAAACUCCCAAUUGGUGUCUUUACACAUGACUUUCAAGAGUUUGUGAAUAAAUGCUUGUUCAAGAAUCCAGCUGAAAGAGCAGACUUGAAACUUCUUAUAACUCACACCUUCAUUAAACGCUCUGAAAUCGAGGAAGUGGAUUUUGCUGGUUGGUUGUGUAAAAUCAUGGGACUGAACCAACCCAGCACCCCAACACGCACCGCUGUGUGAAGAACGACGGACGCCCCCCCCCCCCCCC